AUGGGGAACAUUACGUUUGAUGAUGUGAUCGCAUGUACCGAUGGACUAUUGAUACCAUGCUGGUAUCCCCUCGUAAAUGUCGCCCUCUUGACAAGGGUACUCAGGGGGAUAGUGUAUUUUGUGAUUAUGGCAUAUCUCUUUAUCGGUGUUUCGAUUAUUUCGGAUAGGUUUAUGUCAUCGAUCGAAGUCAUCACGUCUCAGGAAAAAGAAGUCAUCAUCAGGAAGCCGAAUGGUGACACCCAGAUUAUUGUGGUGCGGAUCUGGAAUGAGACGGUAGCAAAUUUAACACUAAUGGCCCUCGGGUCCAGUGCACCAGAAAUUCUUUUGUCGGUUAUUGAGAUUUACGCAAAAAAUUUCGAAGCCGGCGAUCUCGGUCCCGGAACGAUUGUCGGAUCGGCUGCUUAUAAUCUUCUUGUAAUCAUAGCGCUUUGUAUCUCUGUCAUACCCAAAGGUGAGGUAAGAAGAAUAAAACAUCUAGGGGUUUUCUUCGUUACAGCUUCUUGGUCCAUUUUCGCUUAUGUCUGGUUGUAUCUCAUCCUCUGUUACUUCUCACCCGAAGUCGUAGAAAUAUGGGAGGCUACACUCACUUUCACAUUCUUCCCCCUUACGGUACUAACCGCUUAUAUGGCCGAUCGAAAAUUAUACAAAUUCAUUCAAAAAGACUACCGUAUGAAUCGACGCGGUGUUAUCGUUCAGGCAGAAGGCGACAACUUAGAACUAGGCAAUACCGAACUUUUAGCCUUGGACGAUGCACACGAAGACGUCAAGCAUGAAUACAUCGCGACACUUAAAGAACUAAAACAACAACACCCACUUACAGAUUUAGCCACAUUAGAACGGAUGGCACACGAGAUGCUCUUGAACAAAGGACCGAAAUCCAGAGCCUUUUAUCGCAUUCAAGCCACGAGAAAGUUAAUGGGAAGCGGCGAUCUUUUACGUCGGAUCUCCGAAAGAGCUCAAAGUGAUUUAUCCGAAGUUAAGGCAGAAUUACAACGUGAAUCGGGAAACGCCGAGUUCAAUCAGACCGGAUGCAGGGUGUACUUUGAACCGUGCAAGUACACCGUGUUGGAAAGUUGUGGCAAGUUUGAAGUCAGAGUUAUAAGACAGGGAGAUAUUGACGCCGCUUUGACCGUCGAUUACACCACCGAGGAUGGUACUGCCCAAGCCGGCAGUGACUACGUAGAAGCUAAAGGUACCCUGGUGUUCAAUCCUGGCGACAAAGAAAAAAAACUAUCGCUGGAAGUGAUCGAUGAUGACGUCUUCGAACCGGAUGAACACUUUUUUAUUAGACUUAGCGCGAGCAAUCCGACCGGUUGUUUGGUGUCGCCGACAAUGGCCACCGUUAUUAUAUUGGACGACGACCAUGGGGGCUUGUUUAAAUUUGACGCUCAAAAUCAUGAGUUGUUCGAAAGUGUCGGUACGUACGAAUUAAAAGUGGUCAGGUGUUCUGGUGCCCGAGGUAGGGUUGUGGUCCCGUACUGGACCGAGGAUGGUACUGCGAAGGGCGGAAAGGAGUACGAGAGCUGCGAGGACCAGCUCAUCUUCGAGAACAAUGAAUCAGAAAAAACUAUAUUGCUGACAAUAAUCGAGGAGGACAGCUACGAAAAGGAUGUGCUGUUCUACGUGCAGCUGGGCGAGCCGCAGAUGUCCGGUGAUGAGGUAGCCAGUAUUGCGGCGGAAGCUGAGAAAAAGAAGCCGGAAGAAAGGACCGAUAGGGAGAAGAUCGCUAUUAUGGGUAAACCUCGUCUAGGGGAGAUUACUAGGGCUCAAAUUAGAAUUAAGGAAAGCAAAGAGUUUAAGAACACGGUCGAUAAAUUGGUGCAAAGAGCAAACGCCUCACUACUGAUAGGCACGUCCUCGUGGAAGGAGCAAUUCGUCGAAGCUCUGACGGUCAGUCCCAGCGACGAUGACGCAAACAAGAAGGAGCCUUCCAGUCUAGACUAUGUGAUGCACGUUCUCACCGUCUUCUGGAAAGUGCUCUUUGCCUUCGUGCCUCCCACAGGGUUAUGCAGGGGGUAUCUCUGUUUCGUCGUGUCAAUCUUUUGCAUAGGAGUGGUGACUGCGGUCAUCGGAGAUGUGGCUUCGCAUUUUGGUGCCACUCUCGGUAUUAAAGAUGCAGUUACGGCGAUUGUGUUUGUCGCUUUGGGCACAAGUAUACCUGAUACGUUCGCUAGUAAAGUGGCGGCGAUCCAUGACAAGCAUGCCGACGCCAGCAUCGGCAACGUAACCGGCAGCAACGCCGUCAACGUCUUCCUGGGUAUCGGCGUCGCCUGGUCAAUGGCCGCUAUUUACCACUGGGCCAAGGGCGGUGUCUUCCGCGUCGAUCCCGGCAAUUUGGCCUUUUCUGUGACGAAUUUCUGCACGGCAGCCGUCAUCACCAUAAUUGUACUAUUGCUGCGUAGAUCUAGAGUUGUGGGUGGAGAAUUGGGUGGCCCAGUUUGCAUCAAAUAUUGCACAUCUGCAUUUUUGAUCGUUCUAUGGGUGAUCUAUCUGGUAUUGUCAACGCUUGAAGCUUACGAAGUCAUCGAUGGAUACUAAAAUAUAUUUUAUGGAAUUGGGAGUUAUAAUUUUCUAUGAUUUGUUACUUUGUGUGAUAUGAGAGAUUGUGAAUUUUAAUAUAUUUGCCUUUUGCAUAAUAUUUGUUUAAGAUAUAGAUCAAUUUCAAUUUUGUGUUGGAUGUAAGGGUAUUCAAGAAACUUGUAGUACUUAUGUGAUACAUAUAUACGUAGCAGUGAGAAAUCAACAAUUAAAGUUGAAAAAAUAAUAUAAUAUAUAUGGAGUUUUUCAGUGAAUGAUUAUAUAUUGUUUAUAAAGUUAUCGCUGUUUCAAUAAUUCAGCAGAACCGAAGAUAAUUUUUGGGACACUUCA